AGUUGGCAUGCUGGGGCUCUCUUGGACAGACAGCGCAUUAACGCUAUGAAGAUGAGUCCAGUAUGCACAAACUAUCAGGUCUGAGCUAUUGAGCAUAUCACCGGAGCCCCUUGGGGGCUUGGCAGCCAAGCACAGAAGUUUUGCUAAACAAAUUCUCUGCUCUCUCCCCCUGGACUCAGUAUAUCUGGGGCUCCAGCACACCCUACAGUCUCUACUGGAAGUCUCUACCUACCAUGCCACACCUGGUUGUUCUGUGCCUCAGCCUGGCUGCUCUCCCGGGCCUUGGGAUGGGGGCCUCCUUGUGCUUGGCACAGCAAUUCAAAGCUAAAGGGGACUACAUACUUGGUGGGCUAUUUCCCCUGGGCUUAACUGAGGAGGACACACUCCACCAGAGAACACAACCCAAUAGCAUCUUGUGCACCAGGUUCUCACCCCUUGGUCUGUUUCUGGUCAUGGCUAUGAAGAUGGCUGUGGAGGAGAUCAACAAUGGAUCUGCCUUGCUCCCUGGGUUGCGCCUGGGUUAUGACCUAUUUGACACAUGCUCGGAGCCGGUAGUCACCAUGAAGCCCAGUCUCAUGUUCAUGGCAAAGGUGGGCAGUCACAGCAUCGCUGCCUACUGCAACUACACACAGUACCAGCCGCGUGUGCUGGCUGUCAUUGGGCCCCACUCGUCAGAGCUUGCCCUGAUUACAGGCAAGUUCUUCAGCUUCUUCCUCAUGCCACAGGUCAGCUACAGCGCCAGCAUGGAUCGGCUCAGUGACCGGGAAACAUUCCCAUCCUUCUUCCGCACAGUGCCCAAUGACCGUGUGCAGCUGCAGGCUGUUGUGGCUCUGCUGCUGAAUUUCAGCUGGAACUGGGUGGCUGCCUUAGGUAGUGAUGAUGACUAUGGUCGGGAAGGCCUGAGCAUCUUCUCUAGCCUGGCCAAUCCACGAGGUAUCUGUAUCGCCCACGAGGGCCUGGUGCCACUGCACGCCACCAGUGAUCAACAGCUGGGCAAGGUGUUUGAUGUACUACAACAAGUGAACCAAAGCAACGUGCAAGUGGUGGUGCUGUUUGCCUCCCCCCGUGCUGUCUACUCCCUUUUUAGCUAUGGCAUCCGUCAGGGCCUCUCACCCAAGGUAUGGGUGGCUAGUGAGUCCUGGCUGACCUCUGACAUGGUCACGACACUACCCAAUGUUGCCCAUGUGGGCACUGUGCUUGGGUUUCUGCAGCGAGGUGCCGAGCUGCCGGAAUUCUCCCAUUAUGUGGAGACCCACCUUGCCCUGGCUGCCGACCCAACAUUCUGUGCCUCACUGAAUGCUGAACUGGACCUGGAGGAGGGGGUGAUGGGACAACGCUGUCCACAGUGUGACCACGUCAUGCUGCAGAACUUGACAUCUGGACUGCUGCAGAACCUAUCAGCAGGGCAGUUGCACCACCAGAUUUUUGCAACCUAUGCAGCUGUGUACAGUGUGGCCCAGGCUCUUCACAACACCCUACAGUGCAAUGCCUCAAGUUGCCCCGCAUCAGAGCCUGUUCAACCCUGGCAGCUCCUGGAGAACAUGUACAACAUGAGUUUCCGUGCUCGGAACCUGACACUGCAGUUUGACGAUAAAGGGAACGUAGACAUGGAGUAUGACCUGAAGAUGUGGGUGUGGCAGAGCCCUACACCUGUGCUGCACACUGUGGGAACCUUCAAUGGCACCCUUCAGCUGCAGCACUCCGAGAUGUACUGGCCAGGGAACCAGGUGCCAGUGUCCCAGUGCUCCCGGCAGUGCAAAGAAGGCCAGGUGCGCAGAGUAAAGGGCUUCCAUUCCUGCUGCUAUGAUUGUGAGGACUGCAAAGCAGGCAGCUACCAGAAGCAUCCAGAUGACUUCGCCUGUACUCCAUGUAAUCAGGAUGAGUGGUCCCCAGAGAAAAGCACAGGCUGCUUACCUCGUAGGCCUAAAUUCCUGGCUUGGGGAGAACCAACUGUGUUGUUACUACUCCUGCUGCUUUGCCUGGUGCUAGGCCUAGCACUCGCCUCCCUGGGGCUCUUCAUCCACCACUGGGACAGCCCUCUUGUUCAGGCCUCAGGUGGGUCACGGUUCUGCUUUGGCCUGGUCUGCCUAGGCCUCUUCUGCCUCAGUGUCCUUCUAUUCCCAGGACGGCCAAGCCCUGCCAGCUGCCUUGCUCAACAGCCACUGGCUCACCUUCCUCUCACAGGCUGCCUAAGCACACUUUUCCUGCAAGCAGCGGAGAUCUUUGUGGAAUCUGAGCUGCCACUGAGCUGGGCAAACUGGCUAUGCAGCUGCCUUCGGGGACCCUGGGCUUGGCUGGUGGUACUGCUGGCCAUUCUUGUGGAGGCAGCACUAUGUGCCUGGUACCUGACAUCUUUCCCACCAGAGAUGGUGACAGACUGGGUGGUGCUGCCCACAGAGGUUCUGGAGCAUUGCCGCAUGCGUUCCUGGGUCAGCCUAGGCUUGGUACACAUCACCAAUGCAAUGCUGGCCUUCCUCUGCUUCCUGGGCACUUUCUUAGUACAGAGCCAGCCUGGCCGCUACAACCGUGCCCGUGGUCUCACCUUCGCCAUGCUAGCUUAUUUCAUCAUCUGGGUCUCUUUUGUGCCCCUCCUGGCCAAUGUGCAGGUGACUUAUCAGCCAGCUGUGCAGAUGGGUGCCAUUCUGUUCUGUGCCCUGGGCAUCCUGGCCACCUUCCACCUACCCAAAUGUUAUGUGCUUCUGUGGCUGCCAAAGCUCAACACCCAGGAGUUCUUCCUGGGAGGAGGCCCCAAGGAGGCAGCAGAUGGGAGCAACAGUGGGGGUGACAGUUCAGGGGCACAGUGA